CAUCCUACAUCGUCUGAGUGAAAGCCCACUUGUGAUUCGUCUAAGUAGGCCGGAGCCGGUGGGACGGAUAGGACCGAAUGUGAGGAACUGGAAAUUUGCUUCCUUUUGUGAAUAAGAACUCAACAACAGAGUGGAAAUUUCUGUCUUGUGAUUGACUGGAGUGGACGAGGAAAGGAAUCCAUCCAGACCAUAGGCUAAUGCUGCUCCCUGCCCCCCAGGAUGGCUGGCACAGUGCUGGGAGUGGGUGCCGGUGUGUUCCUCCUUGCUCUGAUCUGGGUGUUGGUGCUGCUGCUGUGUGUGCUGUUAUCCAGAGCCUCUGGGAUCGCUAGGUUCUCCAUCGUUUUUGUCUUCCUCGGUGCUCUGAUCAUCACUUCAGUUCUAUUGCUUUUCCCCCGAGCCAGUGAAUUCCCAGCUCCAGAGGUUGAAAUGAAGAUCGUGGAUACCUUUUUCAUUGGCCGCUAUGUCCUGCUGGCUGUACUCAGCGCUGUCUUUCUUGGAGGCGUCUUCUUGGUUCUUACUCAACAUGCACUGGAGCCAAUCUAUGCCAAACCACUGCGGUCCUGCUGAGCACUGUUCCAGAAACGCAAGGCAUUUUGCUGUGAUGGGUGAGCAGAAAGGUACUCUUCAGAGCCUUGAUUGACAGUCUUCAUGUCUUCAGAGCAGAGGAAUAUCCAUUUACCACUAAGACAACUCUCUUGAGCCCAGGAUUUCUGAAACUGCACAAAGUAGACCUGUGGGCAAAGAUGGUCACCAUCUGAAGAGGGACACUGCUGUUUUCUUAUACCCAUACUUUAGGAUUUCUGUCUGUUUUGAAAGGGAUGUAGUAACAGUGAUGUGCUUGGAAUAAUUUUCAGUUGUCAUUAGUAGCAAAUUUGGGGAGAAGGAACAGAAGAACCUGGUUCUUUUUGAUAAUGUGUAAAAUUCUUAGCUGUGUGACUGGAAUCAUUUGGAAGAGAAGGGCAUUCAAACACAAAUGGUUGCUUUAAUGUGAUAGCUUUAGAAGAUGUGUUAGGUGGCGGUCAUUGACCAUCCCAUGGUGUAAUUCAUAGAGCUAUCUAAAGGCAAUCGGUGUCACUUGUGCUCUAAUAAAGCAAUGAAUAACCAAAGGGAUAAAUUUCUCUUCACA